AUGGGCCGAGAUAUUGAGAAGGUGAAGGAAUAGCAUGCUUCUUCAAGCAAGACGAACAAGAAGGAGAAAAAGGAGAAGAAGGAAAAACAUAAAAAAAAGGAGAAGAAAUAGAAAAAAGAGGGCAAAAAACAAAAAUAAUAAAAGAAAAAUUAAUGGGGAAGGUAUGGCACAAUAAGCAUUACAGACAUGUAUUUAAAACGUGAGGAGUUUUUGAUGUGGCUCUCCGAAGUGAAGAUGCUUAAUAUAGAAGCGAUCACUCCUUAAGAAGAAAAAAAGUUUUUUGAAGAAUAUGUUGAAUGUUAUAACACUGCAACAUUUCCAUCAAAAAAGUUUUACAAUUUCAAAGUGUGGUUUGAGAAGGAACAACUCAAGGGUCAUUUGCAACAAGCAGAAAUUGAAAUGCUCACUUUCGAUGAUGAAAAGGAAAAACAAAAGGAACAACAAGAGUAGAAGGAAUUGAUUAAAAAGCAAAAAUUAUAAAGAGAAUAUUAACAUCUUCACGAAUUUUAGAAUAUUGUAAUAAAUUGGUUAUUUAUUAAGGCACAAGACAUGCAAAAAUAGAAACAACUUUAAGAACUCUUGAGACAUCAUUUUCAGAUGGGUAAUCAUGAGGCUGCUAUCAAAAUUCAAAAGUAACUCAAUCCUAUUCAUACUAUUGACAUGAAUCAAAUCUAAUAAUAACCUCCAAUUGACUAUGACUAUGAUUAUGAAAAUUUCUGA